AUGGAAGCCACACUCAUCUCGUCGUCGCCACUCAGAUUCCAUCCAUUGAUGACGUCACAAAGGAUCGCCACCGGAACCAAGAGAAGAAAACAAACCACCGUGUGUGGUGGCUACUACUACAGAGGAGGAAGAGUGGUGGAUGAGAACAUGGUGGUCCUUAGGAAACGGAUCCAUGAGAUGAAGAUGGUUGAGAGAAACUAUGAACCUCCUUCCCAUUGGAUGCACUGGGAGAAGAGUUUCUAUUGCAACUACGACGCUACUAUCUGUGACGCUCUCUCUCUUCUCCAAACUUUCCUCAUGAACUCUCGUCCCAGCGUUGCGUUUGGAACGCUUCUUCUUCUCCUCCUCAGCGUUCCCGUCUCCACUGCUGUCAUUGCGUUUCGCAUCUUUGACAUCGCUCUUUGGCUUCUGGAUGCCAGUCACGUAGGAUGA